CCCUCCCUGAGAGAAAAGAGAGAGAGAGAGACGAAGAAAGAAAGCGCGCACACAUCGCGUUCAUGUGAGGAGAGUGCGCGUGUCUUCAUCAAGUGUCACAAAACAGCAACAUAAAGUUGACGACACGCGAGCAGCGCUGGAAGAUGGAGGACCAUACGGUUGUUAAAAAGCGAUCUGUGGCUGAACUAGCAGGAAAAUUCAGUUGUCAAAUUCCCCAUACGACAGAUGCUGAAGUGAACAAGCCAGUGAGGAGGAGACCUCCCCGAACCCUGCAGUUAUCUGCUGCUAAUGAUGCAAGUCAAGGCCCGGAUGAGAAAGAAGCAGGACCAGCAUCACCCAGGAAAAACAGGAACUCUGCCCUUAUUGAAAAACUGCAGGCCAACCUUGCACUUUCUCCAACGGGACCACCUACCUUCCCAAAGAGCCCAGGGGCGAUGAAGUUACCUGUGGCGCCCUUCCCCUAUGGCUCCCCUGGCAGCCCCUCCAGUCCUCCUGUAAUUAUCACACCGAAACAAGAGGAAACCCCUACCAGCUUUGAGGAACCCGCUGAGGGAGGACCUCUCAAAAGUAUCAUCAAGGGAAGAGCUCGACUUUCCAUGAAGCGUCGCCCGCCGUCUCGCAAACACAGGAAAUCCAGCGCAGAAGAAGGUGGAGAAGAGGUGGCCACACCUGAACACGAAACUCCAAACGGGCAUGAGGGAGAAGUGUUUGAGGAGCAGAAGGCAUCUGACUGUGUCGAGACCGCAUCAAUCUCCUCAGAACAACAGAUAGAGCAAGAUACAAAUCCAGCAGAUGCUGAAAAGCAGCACUCAGAAGAUGCAAAACCAGAGGUAAAGGUUGAGACUGAAACGGCAGAACAUAAAAAUGAAGGUGAACAAGAAGAGAAGACAGAGGAAGAUGUAAAAGAGGAGAAAAGUGCGGAUGAGCCACAAUUAGCCGAAAGUCCCUCAGGGUCUAAAGAGCAAGAAGAGGCACGCGAAGAGCCAGUCACGCAACUUCAUGAAAAGCCACAGACUGAACCUGAUACAACAAUAGAUGAGAAAGAUACAGAACAGAAAGAAGAAGUAGUAAACCAAUAGGGUAAAGUGACCGUGUGCUUUAUGAAAGCCGAUACUUGAUUUAGUUUCAGGAUAGAGGAGCUGAAGAUGGUUUUAUGUCUGCCACAUUCAUAU